AUGAGUACAAGUCUAACAAAUAUAAAUGAGGAAGUUGAAAAUCUUGAACCAUUUUAUUUAAUUUGGUUUGGUAAUUCAAUUAAUAAUGAUAUUCAACAGCAACUUCGAGCAAUUAUUAAUUAUUUAUUAAUAUUCGAUGAUGAAGAACAAUGUUUAAAUUAUAUUUAUUCCCUAUCAAAAGGUGAUCGAAUUAUUCUAAUCGUUACAGAAAAAUUCGGUGAACAUUUUGUUCCUCAAAUUGUUCAUCUUCGACAAAUCGUAUCUAUUUAUAUCUAUUGUAAUAGUAAAAAAAACAAUGAACAAUGGAUAAAAAAAUAUAAAAAGAUAAAACGUGUCAUUAUUGGUCGAGAUGAACUUAUACAACGAAUUCAAACCGAUUAUAAUCAACGACAAAAUCAUAAACUCGAUGAAACAUUAUCCUAUGAAAUAUUUAAUACGAAAAAUGUUGAUAAUAAAUUUUUAUCAACUGGUAUGAAUGAUCAUUUUAUACAUAUACAAAUAUUAAUUGAUUGUUUAAUAAAUAUGGAAUCAUUAUCAAAUGAUAAAAAUGAAUUAAUGAAUUUAUGUAAACAACAAUAUAAGAAUAAUUCAUAUGAAUUAAAUAUUAUAGAAGAAUUUGAACGAGAAUAUUUAUCGGAAAAAUCUUUAUGGUGGUAUACAAGGCAUUCAUUUCUUUAUCGAUUAUUAAAUAAAGCUAUUCGAAUACAAAAUAUUGAUUUAUUAUUACUAUUUCGUUUUUUUAUUCGUGAUAUUCGACGACAAUUAAAUUUAAGUAAAUCUUCAAAUUCUAUUCAUGUUUAUCGAGCUCAAUUAAUGUCGAAAGAAGAAAUAGAAUUAUUAACAAAAUUUACUGGUGAAUUUAUAUCAAUCAAUUCAUUUUUAUCAACGAAUUCUAAUCGAGAACAAACACGAUCUUCUCUUAUGUCGUUUAUACCAUCUGAUGAUAUUGAAAAAGUUAUUUUUGAAAUCAAUAUUAAUCAUCGAGUAGAUGAUAUAAAAACUUUCAGUAAUAUUACUAGUUAUAGUUAUUUUCCAGGUAAAGAAGAAAUUUUAUUUAUGAUGGGUUCAAUUUUUCGACUUAUACAUAUUGAUCGUGAUCGUGAUGGUAUUUGGAAUAUUCAAUUAAUGUUAUGUGCAAAUAAAAAACAUCAAUUACAAUCAUUUAUUCAACAAAAGAAACAUGAAUUAGAUAUUAUUGAAACAGAUCUUCUCUCAGUUGGUUUUAUUCUAGAAGAUAUGGGUAAUUUAGAUGGUGCAGAAAAAUAUUAUCAUCGUUUACUUAAUCAAUUAUCGAAAGAUCAUGAAGAUACAGCACGAUGUUAUCAUGCACUAGGUGAAAUUAGUCAAAAACGAGGUGGUUAUGAUUCAAGUAUUGUAUGGUACAAUAAAGCAUUACAAUACGAUACGAAAACAGAUGAUUCAAAUCUUGCUCUUAGUUAUAAUAGUAUUGGUGUUGUUUAUACAAAAAAAGGAGAUUAUUCUCUUGCAUUAGAAUCAUAUACAAAAGCAUUAGAAUUAUGGAAAAAAGUUUUUCAUGAAGAUCAUCCAAAUAUAGCUAUGUGUUAUAAUAAUAUGGGUAUUAUUUAUCAAGAGGAAGGAAAAUACUCUGAUGCAUUAGAAUUCUAUCAUAAAGCAUGGAAUAUUCGUGAGAAAUAUCUUUCGACUGAACAUUCUAGUUUAGGUCAAUCACAUGCUUGUAUUGGUAAUGUACAUUAUCAACUUAAACAUUAUGAUCUUGCAUUAGAACAUUAUAGUUCAUCAUAUGAUAUCUUGAAAAAAUCUCUUCUUCCUAAUCAUCCAGAUAUUGCAAUGAUACUUCGAAAUAUGGGCCUUGUUCAUCGAGAUAAAAAAAAUUUUCAACAAGCAUUAUAUUAUAUGAAAAAAGCAGCAACAAUGUAUCGUCAUUUAUAUCCUUCAACACAUCAUGAUCUUAUUCAAAUUGAACAAAUUAUUCAACGUAUAUCAUCGAAAUCAUAA